UUACAACACACUCACUCACACACACACACAUACUCUCUUUCUGUUGUGUACCCAGUCUUCCAGUCUACAGUCUUCAGUCUCCAAUCUUCAGUCUACAGUUUAAAGUGACUUAAGUUUUUCGAUCGUCUUCAAAUUUUAACGUCUCGUUUUAAGUGCAUCUUUUUUUUUUGUUCUCUGCUCGUUUCGCGCGUUUUCAAACACUGAAAAAAACAUCAAACUAUAUUUUUUUUGAAAUUCAAGUUUUAUAAAUACCAAACACACACACACACACAACGCACACAGACAAAAUGAAGUACUUUAACAUCUGCCUGCUCUUCGUCAUCUGCGCUCUGUGCUACGGACUGGUGGCAUCCCAGGAGGAGGGUGGGGCAAACGUGUCGCCGGCAAAGAGGAUCGCUGCACUGCGUCGUCCCGUCGGCAAAGCCGCGAAGCCGACGACAACAACAACAACAGCGGCGCCAGCGCACGAAGAUGGCGCCGAGGAGGAUGAGUACAAUGAGGAGGCGGGAGCAGGCGGAGAAAAUGGCCAAUAUGGCGAUGAGAACGAGGAGACGGGCGGCAGAGGAGCGGCGAUCAGCACGACGACAACAACAACGGAGACACCCAAGAAGGUGGGACCUGUCAUCAGGCCCCACAUGUCGAACGAUAACUUCUUCAACUCGCUGAAGCGCCGCCAGCAGAAUGCCAAGAAACAUCGCUCCGAGAAGACGCCCGUCAGCAAACCCGCCAAGAAGUCCGACGAGACAAACGACGAACAGAAUCAGGACAACGCUCCCGCUCCCUCUGCCGCUGCGGCGCCAGCGCCAGCUGCCUCUGCCGGCAAGGGAUACAAAGGCAAUCCGGCAUUGAGCCGUCGCAAGCCGUCGAAGCCCGUGAAAGCAGCGCAGUCGGAGCCGGAGGCCGACGCCGCCGCCGAGGAAUCCGAGCAGCAGCAGAAGGAGGAGGAGCCGAAGCCGAAGCGUCCGCUGAGCUCCCGUUUGGCCUUGAGGAAGCGCAACUAAAUUGCAA